AACAAUCUUAUUCAACUAACCAUCACUAUCAAUGUCUUCUCCAAGUUCAGCUUCUGAAUCUGAUUCUAGUCAAAUGUCUCUGUUGGCAACGCCACCCGUUGCAAUUCGACGACCACUUCCAUAUCCAAGAGACAUAAUUUCAAGUCCACUCGAAGUCGCAACUCCUGUUACUGUUUCUCCAACAGAUUUCAUGCCAAUCAGAGAACUUGUCACAACUCCAUAUCACAUUUCGACUCCAGUGUUAAUAACUCCAGUUGAUGCAAGAUCGAUCUCAAGAGAAAUUGUACGUGUCAAUCGUAUAAGACGUGUUCGAACUCGUCAAGCAUCUCGUUCCGUAUUCAAUAGUGUUCGUCGUCGACUUUCAAUGAUAACAGCUAAUCGAACUGAAAUUCAAAUGAAUACUCCACAAACAUUGCCACGUAGCAAACGAAUCGACAACACUUCGACAGCCAUGGAACCAGUGAGUUCGAAUGCUUUUCAGAAAAUUAUUUCUGAAAUUCUGAAUAACUCACCUGCGUGUACAGAAACAAUAAACUCAACAAUAAUUCCAUCAAAUUCAUCGAAUUGUGCGAAAUUACGGGAAUUUAAUCGUCUCGAGUCGAUUGGAAUUGCUCAAAUGGCAGUAGAAAAUGAGAAUGAAAUUUUGGAAGCACUUGAUUUUAUUGAAUGGAAUAUUCGACUAAUGAGUUGUGAAUCGGAUUAUAUUGACAAAGUCUUGGAAGACUUGGAGAAUGAGAAGCUCAAUAAACAGAACAAAUGGGAACGAAUCGAACUGAUUUUGAGUCUCAUUCAAGAUUAAUAAAUUCGAAAAAUACAG